GUAUUUUUUGUCUCACAAGUGCUGACAGAGGAUGCUCGAACAUGGGUUGAUGAGACCGGUGUUGAGGUGGAAAUUAUUCGUAAAAUGCCAGUUGCUGCUUGCUUGCCACAUUCUUUUAAUGAAUUAAUGUUAAAUAUUGCAGAAAGCAAAUGUAAAAUAAAAAGUGAAGCUGGUGAUACAGUUAAACAGUGGUACAAAUUGAGCGAUAAAAAUGGACGCGUAAUUGGUACCAAUUUUGGAAAAGAACCAUAUGAAUUUGUGUUGGGUCGUGGGCAGGUGAUUCGUGGUAUGGAUGCAGCUAUGAAAGAUAUGUGCAUCGGUGAACAACGACGGAUUGUGAUACCUCCAGAACAAGCGUUCGAGGAGGAGGGCCGAGAAGAGGACGGCAUAGAACCCGGCUCAACGCUCUACUACUUCGUGGAAUUAGUUGACAUAUUCAGACCGAAUCCCGGUGAGAAAUGGCUUGAGGAUGACGGUCUUUCGAUUGAGGUCAUACAUAAAAUCGAGGAGAGUGAAUGCAAAAAAGCGGAACCAGGCGAUACGGUGCAUCAAGAAUAUACGUUGUAUCUACAAGAUGGAACUUAUGUUGAUUCCAGCGAAGCACGUAAAAAGCCAUUCAUCUUCAAACUGGGAUCUGGACAGGUGAUCCCUGGAAUUGACAGAGCGAUGACGGGAAUGUGUGAAGGCGAACACCGAAAAGUUAUCAUACCACCCGAUUUAGCGUACGGUGAAAAGGGACGUCCACCAGUGAUACCGCCGGAUUCAUAUUUACGAUUCGAUAUCGAACUGGCUAAGGUGAUAAAGGCGAAUGAAGGCCAAAAUGAAGGCAAAAAGGAGGAACUUUGA